AUUAUAUUUUAGCAAUGAAUAUAAAAGCAGUAGAACAUGAAGGAGAAUUUAAUGAAUAGGAUGAUGAAGAAGAAAGUCAACCUUAAGAAAGCAAUGUAGCAGAGAAAACUUCCAUUGAUAUCUAACAAAUUAAGAAUUUUGAAGAUUUUAAGAAGAUUUUAGUUUAAUUGGAUGAAUAAAGAAUAUUAUCAUUAAAAGAAUAAAGUGAAAUAUCUAUGUAUAAAAUUCAAAUAUAAGAUUGAAGUAGGCAUAAAUAUUGGAUGAUAUUGAAUUUAUAAAAAAAGAAAAGUAGAAGGAAAAAAUUCAAUUCAUCUAAAAAAUGUUCUCUUUAGUGCCAUAAUACAAUAACAAAUUAGAUUAAAUUUCAACUCUAAAAUCAAAUAUAAAAGAAUUAUUAGAAAAAAUAAAAAGAAAGAGAAAAAUAGAUUGA